CGGCAGUAGAAGAGAAACCUCAACGACAACGUUGACGAGGUAUAAUUGGAACUAUUCGUGGGCUGUUUGACCAUCUCACUGUAGACCUAAAUCACAAGAGCAAUCGAUUCUGAAAUCCGGUCGUAUCUCAUUUCAUGUCAUUUCUUCCUUGAAGCUUGCGACGAAGCCCAGACCCAUCAAAACGCCGAAGCCAUACCCAAAACAAAGUCUGACAACACAUCACCACGGGCUUAUUUUUCUCUCUGUUGCGCACAUCCUUGUCCAAGAUCCAUAUCCGCGUCCGCCGCAUUUCACUGUUCAACCGCGGCUUGCUCUUGACCAGAUCCAUUCAUCCACAACUACAUACACCAAAGACAAGUCUAGUCGACGCUUGCAACAGCUGCUAGUCAAACAGAACAGCCGGACAGCCAGUCCGGACGAAUCAUCGUGUGGUACACUAAACCGCAACCGAGCAUCACCACCAUCUCGCUCACAACGACUGCCUACGAACCGACUAUUGAAUCUCAAAGCAACGCUGUCGAAAAAAGACCUAGACCUCUCAGAGACGGUCGAGACCCCCACGCUUCUUGAGCUUGAGCUUGAGGUACCGGUACCUUCCAGUUUCGGUUUACCUAGAGAUACCUACCUAAACACAAGCACUCAACCCUCGGCUUCAGUGGAGUUACCACCACCGGCACCACCAGACAGAUCAAACCCAGCUGGUCUCACCAACCACUCUUUCCAUACCUAGAGAGUGGUCAUCAACGGACCAUUCAAAGAAGAAACAUACCGUGCUGUGAUGUAUAGCCUCCUCAGGCCAGCAGCAUCAGCAGCGCGCAGAUUUUCAACGCGAUCUCUUCCCUCCCAGAUCAGCACCAAGAGAGUACCAGUACCACCGGUACCUAUUACCCAGACUCUCAGCUCAAGGCUCUUUCAUACUUCCAGAGCGCAAAAAAAGAUGGAUACUACUUCUACCUCAAAAGCGGACCCCGCAACGGGCUGCUCAUCAAGCACGUCACCCAUCCCCGGCAGCACCUCAUCCACUUCCACAUCCAGCACCCACCCUACGGCCUCCGUCGCCGAUACCACUACUCCCCCCCACCGACCAACCCAAUUCGGCCCAGAAGAGGUAACCGACGACCCCCUCGCCGACCCCCUCUCCGUAGAACACCAAAAGCUCGAAAACAACGGUAACCCCCUCCCUUUACCUUCUCCAGAGACGGCCACCCCCGUUUCUCCAGAUCAACAACCAAAGGUAGUCACGGUCAACGGACAAGCUGUUGCCUUGGAUAAUCUGGGCCCAAUGGUGGUGCACAAAGAUGGAACGAUUUCGCGGAUUGCGAAUUGGCCCGAGAUGACGGAGAUUGAAAGGGAGAAUACCCUGAGGAUCUUGGGAAAGAGGAAUCAGUUGCGGUUGACGAAUUUGCGGGAGGGGAGGGUGAAUGGGGAGGGUAUGUAACUGUAUGUAUUUGUGUUAAGAGGGUUUAAGGAAGAAAAACUGAUGAGAUAAAAACAAUGGGUUAGGGGACUUAAACCCCCGGUUUCAUGACUUCAUGGCAUGGUUGUUUAUGUUUCCUGUACUAUACUUUGCAUUUCUCUUGUAUAUUCAUUGUAAAUGUGAAUGUUCCAUCCUUACUCCCGUCCAGAUUCCCAAUAUCCAACAUGGUAUCACGCAUUUCAAAAGCUAAAGCCAAAACACGAAACUCUUCCACAUCACACACCCAUUGUAUUCUUC